AUGACCCAAGGCCGGCCCGGCAUCACAAGGUCCCAUGUUUCCCGCCAUCUCCGCCCUGCAUCUCCAACUCCAACCGCCGGACAUCAGCCCAACCGAACCCCCCCAUCCGCCGCCGCGCCGACCCAUCCCAUUACAUCGGCUCUGGCCCUCGCCCGCGAGCCUCGUCUCCUUCGUUCCGGCACGUCACCCCGCGUCGGCGUCGCCUCUUUUUUCUCCUGCCCGGCAGCUGUCAUCGUGGCCGCGCUUCUGCAGGCUCGUGCCGUCCCGCCUGCCGCAUCUCCACCCUGUCACGCACACGCCUCGUUUCCUCGACUCGCGCCAUCCAGCCACCACCCGUCGGUCAAUCGCCCAAGGGACGCUCUGCGGCGCGGUAGCGGACACGACAACGCUUGCGACCACGCCCGCCGUUGGCAGCAUCUAGCUUUGACGCCUCCACGUACACGUACGCCUCCACCGUCACCGACACCGGCACUGGAAAGGCCCCUUCCCACCACCCCGUCGCACAGUCCUCGCGUCGCACAGACUGCAUCUCGGAGCCUGACAUCGCGCCAGCCUGCUGCCGGCUAUGCUGUGAGGCGUCUUCCUCGCAACCCGCUCGGCUCCUCGUCACCAGCACCUCGCGCGCUGCUGCACCGCCUUCGCCGUCGCGAAUUGUUACCUGUCGCCUCGUGUCCGACACUGCAGAUCCCAUCGCCGCACUGCAUCCCACGCCACCAUGAGCGCAGGCUCAUUCCCGCGCGUCGCAGUCUCGCCCGACGAGCUUGCGCGCUUCACCGAGAUCAUCGACGGUAUCCUCGCCACCGCCGACCUCGAGACCAUCUCGCGAAAAAAGGUCCGCCAGGGUCUCGAGGCCUCCCUCGGCGGACGCGACCUGACCGACCAAAAGGUGCGAUUGAUGCCAUCAAGCGACUCAUCGAGGCCCGCUUCGAUGCCGUGUCUGGCGCCAACGUAAACGACGCCCCCGCCUCGUCUGUGCCGGACCCGUCCCCGAAUAAGAGGCCCGCCGCCAACGGCGUCUCCGACUCUGCCGAGACGGACCCCUCUGCCUCUCCCGAGCCGGCCAAGAAGAAGGCGAAGCGGUCAACGCCCUCGGAGGAUGCCGACGCGCGCCUCGCUGCGGCCCUGCAAGCGCAGGAAAACAGCCUCGCACGAGCGCGCUCGACUCGCGGCGGUGGCGACCGCACCAAGGUGGUCAAGAAGAAGAAGGCACCCCGGAAGAAGAGCGCCAAGAAGGUCGGCGAGGACGACGACAGCGAGGUCGACGGCAGCGCGGACUCUGCCCCCAAGCGCAAGGGCGGCGGUGGCUUCCAGAAGCCCUUUAUCCUCAGCGCGACCCUGUCUGAGCUCUGCGGCGAGACCCAGGUAGGCCACCCCGUUUGGUCAAGGUCAAGCAUAACGGGUGUUAACGAGCCGACGCAGCUCUCGCGCCCGCAGGUGGUCAAGAAGCUGUGGGAACACAUCAAGGCCAACGACCUGCAGGACCCCAAGGACAAGCGCCAGAUUCGAUGCGACGACAAGAUGCAGGCCGUGUUCAAGCAGGCCAGGGUGGACAUGUUUCGCAUGAACAAGGAAAUAGGGCACCACCUCUACCCGGUCGGCGAGGAGUGA